CCGAUCAGUUGUGAAUUUAGUAGUCAAAAAAAUAAAAAUAAAAUAAAUUAUAUUAUAAUUGCGUUGAGGUGUUUGUCACGCAAAAGAUUCAUUCAUUCCGGAUACACAGGAAUUAUAUUUCGACACCUCAGACUGCUCCCCCAACCUCUACCGCUUUGCUUUUCUUUAAUUCUCGAGACAGCACGUGUUGUGGGUUUUUGGAUUGUGAAAUUGUGAUAUUUCUGGGCUAGAGAACAUGGAUUCUACGGCAGCAUCAACCUCUGAUGGUCAAACCAAGCAGAAGCCCAAGACGACACCAAUUGGUGGCUGCGAUAACAUCGAAGAAUUUACCAAGAAAGGUUUGACGGAAAUUAUGGUUGCCACAAAAUGUGCCAACGCCUUUCCCCAGGGAGCCUCUAGAGAUCUUUACUGUGCCUAUCCCACAUUUGGCCGUGUAAUAGAUGAACAAUCGCAUCGCAUCUUGGGCCUGAUAUCACAUGUGCUCAAACGGGAAAAUGUCAAAGGCAACAUACAAAAACGCCAACCGGACGAACAAUUCGAAAUGCUCUUGGAAUGCAAUGAUGCUUUGUUCGAAAGACUACAGACAAAUCUGGACGAACUGGCGGGCAUAAAGAAACCCCCACAGACAAUUGUAGUGGAAUCUCGUAUAAGUGCAUCUGCUUCGUCGGGCAAGGGAGCUGGCAGUUGGAAUUUGAAAAAUAACGAGGCUAGUCCAACCUUGGCAGCCCGUUUGAUAACAGCUAAAAAUAUUGCCAGGCCUCAGGUGAAAUUUCAAAUACCUGUUGAUAAUAGUGCCGACAAGCCAUUUACACCUAGAAUAAAGGAGAAACCAAACUCACUGAAACCUCUGGCCAUAUUACCUGAGUAUGACGACGCGGGCAAUAUCGUUAGCUACUUGCACCCUUACGAGUUUGAGUUGCUGAAAUUUGAAGUUCCCAAUAGCCUGUUGAAGCCACGGAAGCCCGAAACACCCAAGGAUUUGGAUUCCACCGAGUUUUUGUAUGUCGAUAGCAAAGCAAAACUAAUGCAAGCCUUGCACGAGCUGCGCAAAGUACCCGAAAUGGCCAUUGAUGUUGAACACCAUUCAUAUCGCACAUUUUUGGGCAUUACUUGUCUAGUUCAAAUAUCUACUCGCACAAAGGAUUACAUAUUCGAUGCUUUGGAGCUGAGAGAAGAAAUGCAUGUGCUAAACGAAGUGUUCACCAAUCCAAAGAUAGUGAAGAUUCUCCAUGGAGCCGAUUCUGAUGUGGAAUGGUUGCAGCGCGAUCUUUGCCUAUAUUUGGUCAACAUGUUCGACACCCAUCAAGCGGCAAAAGCUCUUAACUUUGCCCGCCUCUCUUUGUCCUAUUUGCUAAAGCAUUAUUGCGAUAAAGACAUCGACAAGACCUUUCAGCUUGCCGAUUGGCGCAUACGUCCCUUGCCCGCUGAACUGAUUGCAUAUGCUCGCCAAGAUACGCGCUCCUUAAUAUAUAUUUACGAGCGCCUUACAAAUGAUUUGCUGGACGCUAGCAAUCAGAAGCCCCAAUUGCUGCGUUCCAUUUAUCAAUGUUCAACGGAAAUCUGUAAGAAGCGUUACCAGAAACCCCUCAUUACUGCCGAUUCGCACAUGGACAUAUAUCGCAAAUCGAAGCGACUUUUCGACAAUCGUCAACUCUAUGCCUUGGGUGAAAUUUUUAAGUGGCGAGAUAAUAUGGCACGCCAGGAAGACGAAAGCUAUGGUUAUGUUUUACCUAAUCAUAUGAUGUUGCAAAUAUCGGAAAGUUUGCCGCGUGAGAUGCAGGGUAUAUUGGCUUGUUGCAAUCCAAUACCGCCGCUGGUGCGUCAACAUCUGCAUGCGCUGCAUCAAAUCAUUUUGAAGGCCCGCGAGCAACCACUAGUCAAGCCCAUACUGCCAACAGAGGCCACCAAUCGUGUGGUGAAUACAAAUGCCAAUGAUUACAACAAUAAAUUGCAUUGCCCCCACGAUUUGACUGCAGCCGAAGAGUUCCGCGAUGAUUUGCCAACAUUGAUACGAUUUGACAGAGAACAGGGCCUACAAAUCUCCAAUGAAUUAUCCCACCUACCUAUUGCCAUUGUGAAACCAGUAUUAAGUGUGUUUGACACCCCAGAAAAUUCCGAGGAGGAUGAAGCCACAUAUCGCCGUCGACAAACCGAAAAGAAAAAGCUUUUAUUGCCGUAUACAAGAUACAUGACUGUGCUACCUAUGAUUGAACAAGAAAAGCGCGAAGAGGCUGCCCGACUUGAGGCGGAAAAUAAGAAACGACAAUUGUGCCCAGAAGCGCCCGUCAUGAUGCCCGUCAAAGUCGAAGAUAAGGCAGCUGAAGAGGAUAUGUACAGCAUGCCAAUUAAGGCAAUGCUUAAGAGAAAAUAUGAGGAGUCGGUUGCGAAGAAGACAGCGGCCAAUGAUGAGGCUUCCCAUGCGAAGCGUAUCAAAUGUGAAAGUGAUAGACACGAUAGCGAUAACGACUCUAAUACAGCCAACGACGAUAAUUUAAAAUUUGUUAAUUUACCACCGACCAAAAAAGAAUUGAAGCAGCACAAGCAAAAAUUGAAAAGACCUGCAGACACUUCCGCCAUUGUGAUAGACGAUGACGAGGAUGAAGAGAAGCCCACGGUUUCACGAUCACAAAAUCAGAACAACUCAGGCCAGAAGCCGCAUCAAUCUGCAGUUAACAAGAAAUUUAAGAAUAAAAAUAAGAAGCAAAAGUUCAAUGCGUCCAACAAAUCACAACAGUCUUCCGAUAAGCCCAUACAGACGAACUAUGAUUAUCAAAAAGUCGAUUUUAAGAAAUUUCAAGGUGGUGCCCAGAAGGCUAAGGGCACAGAACUUAAGGCACAAUUUCAUCCAAAGGGUAAUGCAAAUAAGGCGCAAAAUAAAAAGUUUAAUAAACUCUUUACAUUUUCGAAUGUAAAGAAUAAUAAAAAAUAAUUUGUUUUAGUUUAUUUCUAUGUUAAUCUUUGUGAAUUAACCACAAAUAACUGAAUUAAAUGAACAUAUUUUCCUUCGAUACUAAUCAUUUACUAGGACUAGGACAUGUGUAAAAUCAUCAAAUCAUUGAAACAAGACAAAAAAUAGAUUUAUUUUGUAAAAAAAAAAUAUCUUUUUAAAUAAAUUUUUAUAAAAAAUCUAAAA